UUUGUCAGUUAUAAUUUUUGUUGAGCAGUAUACUUUGUCUCACAUCUCAAGUAAUAAUUCAAUCGUCAAGACAAUAUAUUGUGGAAACAACUAGAAGUGUGAUUCGGUCUGUGGUGAAUAGUUUUAAACUACUGAUUCCUCGGCAGACAAUAGCUACUUCUGAAGAUUUAUAUAAGAGUAGGCUUAGGUUAAUACGUUCAAGGCUAAGACUUCAAAACCUUCCGACUCUCUGGGACUUUUCUCAGUUUACAUUUGAAUUUCAGAGCUCCAAUAGAUCUUACGUAUUUCUUUUUUCUAAAAAUAUAUUUACUGAUCAUCAUGAUUCGCAUGAUUCUUUCCAAAAACUACACAUCCAAUCUGAGGCGUUCUGCCCGGAUUAGCAGCCAUUUAUGGCAGGCUCGCUCCUAUGCCAAGGAUGUAAAAUUCGGGCCCGAGGUCCGAGCUAUGAUGCUCCAGGGCGUGGAUGUCCUGGCCGAUGCCGUGGCCGUCACCAUGGGUCCCAAGGGCCGUAAUGUGAUCAUCGAACAGAGUUGGGGCUCGCCAAAGAUUACCAAGGAUGGUGUGACUGUGGCCAAGUCGAUUGCUCUGAAGGACAAAUUUCAAAAUAUCGGAGCCAAGUUGGUGCAGGAUGUGGCCAACAACACGAAUGAGGAAGCUGGCGACGGCACCACCACGGCCACUGUCCUGGCACGUGCCAUCGCCAAGGAGGGCUUCGAGAAGAUCUCCCGCGGUGCCAAUCCCGUGGAGAUCCGACGAGGUGUUAUGCUGGCCAUCGAGACGGUCAAGGAAAAUCUGCGUAAAAUGUCACGACCCGUCAGCACGCCAGAGGAGAUCCAUCAGGUGGCCUCCAUAUCGGCGAACGGGGACAAGUCCGUUGGUAACCUGAUCAGUGAGGCCAUCGAGAAGGUGGGCCGUGAUGGUGUAAUCACCGUCAAGGACGGCAAGACGCUCAACGACGAGCUGGAGGUCAUUGAGGGCAUGAAAUUCGAUCGCGGCUACAUCUCUCCUUACUUCAUCAAUGUGGCCAAGGGGGCCAAGGUUGAGUUCCAGGACGCCCUGCUGCUCUUCUCCCAAAAGAAGAUCAAGUCGGCGACGAGCAUCGUGCCCGCCUUGGAACUGGCCAAUGCCCAGCGGAAACCGUUGGUCAUCAUUGCCGAGGAUGUGGAGGGUGAAGCACUCAGUACCAUGGUGGUGAAUCUGAAGGUUGGCCUGCAAGUGUGCGCCGUGAAGGCACCCGGAUUGGAUAAUCGUAACGAUACCCUGUCGGACAUGGCCAUAGACGGUGGCAUUGUUUUCGGGGAUGAGGCUAACCUAGUGCGGCUGGAGGAUAUCAAAUUGAGCGACUUUGGCCGCGUGGGCGGUGUGAUCACCAAGGAUGACACAAUGCUGCUCAAUGGCAGCGGCCAGAAGGAAGAUGUAAACAAGCGCGUGGAGCACCUACGGGAUUGUAUCAAGGAGUCCACGAAUAACUACGAAAAGGAGAAGAUGCAGGAGCGCCUGGCACGGCUCUUCGGCGUGGCCUUGCUCCGUGUGGGCGGCUCCAGUGAUGUGGAGGUCAGUGAGAAAAAGGACCGAGUCAAUGAUGCCCUUAAUGCCACCCCGGCCGUGGAGGAGGGCAUCGUGCCCGGUGGUGGCACCGCUCUGCUCCGUUGCAUCCAGAAGCUGAACGAUAUUCGAGGCACCAACGAGGAUCAGAACAUGGGCAUUGAGAUCAAGCGAGCCCUGCGCAUGCCCUCUACCAUAGCCAAGAAUGCAGGAGUUGAUGGGGCCAUGGUGGUGGCCAAGGUGGAGAUCCUGGACGGUGACUAUGGUUACGAUGCACUGAAGGGUGAAUUCGGCAACAUGAUCGAGCGCGGCAUCAUCGAUCCCACCAAGGUGGUGCGCACUGCCAUCACUGAUGCCGCCGGUGUUGCCUCACUCCUGACCACCGCCGAGGCUGUGGUCACCGAGAUGCCACUGGAAGAUGCUGCGGCAGGAGCAGCUCUUGGCGGCCUGGGCGGUAUGGGAGGAAUGGGCGGAAUGGGUGGGCUUGGCAUGUAGGUCGUCAGCCUGCCAUUUCUGCAAUUCCCUCAUUUAUUUUUAACACGAUAACUUCAGAGAAAAAAUUCAAAAAAAGGGACCACACUAGGCUACUGUAGCACCGUCCGAAAUCAUCUUUUUGUCAUGUCUAUUUGUAAAUUGAAAAUUCAGAGUUUACAGGGUUACAUACAUGUACAUGUGUUUAAAUCAAGUGCUAUUUUCAAAGCCUUGAACUUGAAAUAAUAAGAUUCAAAACAAAA